CCAUGGCAAACGAAUUCGUUGCCAUUUUGGCUCAAGUCUGUCUGGCUUAAGCCAACCCGUGUCCAGUCAUUUUACGUCGAUGUCUCUACCUGGUUCGAGGCAGAUGAGGCGUUCUUGAAAGAUUGGCGCGUAGAUGAUCAGGUAUGGAACACACUGCAACGACCAUAUCGACCAUCUCUGGCACCGGCUUCUCGCGCGAAUCUUGUUUUAUAGAGGACUGUCAGCGCGAGGUCAUGUAUAAAUGCUUAUGCCCAUGGGCUGGAUGUCCGAGGCACCUCUUCACCCUUUUUUGUGAAGAGCACGCUGCUGAGCGCAGGUGCCCCAGCUGUGGAGCGCCGUUCGUGCUUGAGCCCCCACAUGGUCAUUUGGUGAAGCCGCCUCUGUCACACAUCGGUGACGGAGCAGAUUUCGAGUUUUCGCAGGAUGAGGCCGAUGGCCCAGGCCGCCCUUGUAUUCUUCUCGAUCUCAGGUACACGCUCUUUUGGUCGGACUGGCAAGACUUCAGUGAUCUGGGGGACAGAGUGGAAGGCAAAUUGCCGGACGACUUCCGCCGGGAGGCUGGUGCGAGCCUGCACCUGCGACCCUACGCCCUGGAGUUGCUCCGGUGGCUGCUCGAAAGACUGAGGGGCGGCGAGUGUUCCCUAGGUUUUCUAUCCACCUGGACUCCAGAGAACAUGUGGGUUGCCGUGAGGUUUUUGCUCGAGUCCGCGACAGAGGCGCCAUGGACACAGGGUACAGCGAACGGGGUUGCGGCACAGUGUGAGCAAGAGCCUUGGAAGGGCCUACGCGUUUUCAUGUAUGAUGAGAGCUACACCGAGACGGACCUAUACGGUUAUUUGUCCAAGGAUUUCGAGAAAGUUUUGGCCUCUUGGUGGGAUCAGCCCGUCUGGAGAAGACUUACCAUCUACAUUACGUGUUCGGACGAGUGUAUGUGGAAUGGCAAGGAAAACGUGGUCAUUGUGCAUCCUUAUGAAUACGACGAUUCCUCGGAUUGUGAGCUCAGGGAACUGUCCGAAUACGUGAAGUCGUUCCUGGCUCAGUCGUCGGGCUUCGAUGUUCGAGCCUAUUUGCGGAGUCACAAGUUCACCUCCACCGCGCAGAGACAUUAUCUCGACGCGAUGCAGGAGCAACAUGAGAUCGAAGCAGACUGGCGGCCGAUGUUUCAGCUAGUCAAAGAACAGAGCUCACGCAUCAGUUUGCCUCCAGCGCUGAAUGCUUGGCAGCGGAAGGUUUUGCAUGAUCUCGCAGAGAGUGUCGGCCUUCACCACGAGUCCUCCGGAUUCGGUGAGUUCCGGUUUCUUCAGGUCUGGUUUGAGGCAGGUUCCUGAGGUUCAGGUAUAGUAGUUUUUUACGCAAUUGAGCGCGGGCAUGUUGACAGGGAGAGCAGUCACCGACAUAUUCACCAGGCUCGUCGUGCCGGUCGCAGCUUCCCGUUACUGUCAAAAUAAUAACACCCAUG